AUGCCGAACAUAAUCAACGAGGUGAAGUUGGACUUCAAAGACGUGCUGCUCAGGCCAAAAAGGAGCACACUGAAGACCCGAGCUCAAGUAGAUUUGUUUCGGCAUAUUACAUUUCGUAACUCCAAGCGCACGUACCAGGGUAUACCAAUGAUGGCAUCCAAUAUGGAUACUGUCGGAACUUUUGAAAUGGCAGCUGCCCUGGGAAAACAUGGGCUAUUUACUACAGUCCACAAGUACUAUGAACCUGCUGAGUGGUUAGAGUUUGCUAACAACAAUAAAGACAUUUUACCACACAUAGCUGUUACUUGCGGUAUAAAUGACCAUGAAUUUGAAAAACUCAAAAAUAUAUUGGAAGCCGUACCUGAUAUAUCUUUUAUCUGCCUUGAUGUGGCUAACGGUUACACUCAACAAUUUGUGGAUAUUGUUCGGAAAACGCGUUUAGCAUAUCCAGAACAUACAAUAAUUGCCGGCAACGUGGUUACUGGUGAAAUGGUUGAAGAAUUAAUUUUGUCUGGUGCUGAUAUCAUUAAAGUUGGUAUUGGCCCAGGAUCAGUAUGUACCACACGUAUUAAGACGGGCGUGGGUUAUCCUCAGUUAAGUACGGUAAUUGAAUGUGCAGAUGCUGCUCAUGGUCUACAAGGACAUAUUAUUUCUGAUGGUGGAUGUGUUUGUCCUGGAGAUGUUGCCAAGGCAUUUGGUGCUGGAGCAGAUUUUGUGAUGCUUGGUGGAAUGCUAGCUGGACAUGAUCAAAAUGGAGGCGAGUUAACCAUUAAACCAAAUGGCGCUAAAUGUAAAUUAUUUUAUGGUAUGAGUUCAUUAACCGCGAUGAAGAAACAUGCUGGUGGUAAGGCAGAGUACAGAGCUGCUGAAGGGAAAGCCGUUGAAGUACCAUACAGAGGUGAUGUAAAUGAUACUAUUCUUGAUAUACUUGGUGGACUUCGUUCAGCAUGUACCUAUACCGGAGCACAUACAUUAAAAGAGUUGCCUAAGCGUGCCACAUUUAUUCGAUGUACUCAACAAGUGAACUCUGUGUACUCCAACAUAACUACUCGAGAAUAA